UCUACCCCCCCUCUCUAUAACCACGUCUACCUCCCUAACACAUGCUUCGUGUACUCCAUGUCGUGUCAUCUACAUUCCAGCAGGAAACACUUGUUUGAAAAUAACGAACCUGUAAACACAAACCUGUCGUGGCUUUAUUAUAUUCGAAACUCAGAUACGAAUCGUAUAUGUUUAUCUAUCAGUAUAACAACAUCAAAAAGAAAAAAAAAGAAACUGCAUUUGGAUGGAAUAAUUACGUAUAUCGAAAAAUAUACAAGGGAUAAUUGAUUUUAAAAUAAUCAUUAAUAUAUUUAUAUUAUAUUAGUAUUGUAUAAAUAAAAAAAAGUAAUACAUAACACGCGACUAUGCUAAUACACGCAGAUUAAGAAACGUAAAUUCUUUAAAGACAUACACAACACACUCACACACAAAUAUAUAUAAUUCUAUAUUUAUUAUUAUUAUUAUUAUUAUAUUUUAUAGUUCCUUGUCGUGGUCUUAUUUUCUCUGCGCUAUCUUACCAACAUUUCUUCACAGUCAACGUAGCUUUUCAAUUGUCAGAGUGGGCAGCAAAGCACUUCUUUUCAAAAUGCUGCACCCCUCAACGCCUCGUUGCUCUGCUAUGGUUGGCAUCAUCACUUUAAGCCUGACUCUUACCUGCUUCUUCUUCUUCUCACCCGUUGCUUGCAAUGCAGGAGGAACUGGUAAAAAGAAAGUCACUAAACCAUCGAAAGGUCUUGCGAUGACAGUAGAGUACAAACCAGAAACAUGUGAAGAGGUGGCUGAAAAUGGAGACCAGGUGUUUGUACAUUACACAGGAUACCUGGAGAACGGCGAAAUAUUUGACAGUUCAAUAAAACAGAAUAAGAACCCUGUAGAAUUCAUAUUAGGAGAAUCAAUGGUUAUUCCUGGUUGGGAACAAGGAGUAAAAGGAAUGUGUGUUGGAGAAAAAAGAAAAUUAGUAAUACCACCACAUUUAGCUUAUGGCAAGUCUGGCCGACCUCCAGUUAUACCACCGGAUGCCACUCUGAGCUUUGAAACUUUGUUAGUAAAAGUGAUCAAAUCUAAACCAAAGACCCCAGAAGUUGAGAAACGUUUCUUUCAACUGCUGCAGUUUUUUACCAUUCCCGCACUAGUAGUGUAUGUGGGCUACACUCUCUACAAGAAAUACCAAUCGGAGACGGAGAAAAUCAAAGAAAAGAAAGACAGGAAGAAAAAACGAUAAGGCUGGCAAACACCCCCCCCACCCUUUUUAAUCAAGAUUUCUGCCCCUCUCCUCCACUCCUUCUUCGUUUUAUCUUAAUACUUUGUCAAAUCCGUGUUGACAUCAUUUCAUCCCAAGGAAUUAAUUGCCUACUCAAUGAAAACAGAGAAAAGACUGAAAGUUUUGAAAAAUACUAACAUUUCACAGUAUUUUACUUAUUAGAACCUGUGUAUAAACUAUAAAGUAAAAUUAAAAACAACAAAAAUUAAACAAUAACAAGAACCCCCUCCCCUCUAUUAAAAAGACAGGGAAAACUUUUUUUAUAAUAUAAAGAGAAAAAUGUUUCUCUUUAGAUGUCUGUGAUAUGACAUCAUUGUAUAAUAUCCAAUAAUCCACACAUUCUUUUUAAAACUUUGGGCUUUAUUAUUUCUACUACAAAUGAACAUUUUUAUCUUUGUUUUUCAAAAACAUACAUAUAUAUUUCCAUUUGUGUGUCUGAAUGUAUGUGUGAAUAUAUGUCCACAUAUAUACAUACAUACAUACGCACACAUCUUUUCAUUUGUGUCUAAUUACAUGUUCUGAAAAAUUCAGUUAUGGAUAAUGUUUUCCCAAUUGUACUAACAAAGACAUAAUCAGCAACACACACACAUAUAUAUGUACUAGAAAGAACGACAGAUAACAACAUCAGUGAUGUCUCUAUGUUCAUUCCUACACUUGUUUAAAUAAUUCUUGUAUCACAUCAGUAUUAUUAUUAUUAUUAUUCAAUAUGUAAGAAUCACAUUUCCAUAGAAAAACCUAUGUGUAUGUUUAAUAACUGUUGUUUCAUUAACAUCAUGGUCUCACAACAAUGUUCAGGAGGCAUUUGGACACAAUGGACUGCUGUAGCAAUUGAAGAAGUAGAGACUUGCUAUAUAUGAGUAAGUAUAUAGAACAAAGAAUGAAUAUGUCUCAAUGGAUUCUAUAAUUCUUUCAAGCAAAAUGAAAUCACCAUGUGCACCAUCUCAAUAAUUUACGUAUGUUUUGUAUAAAAAAGAAAUAUUUGUUUCCAUUGCUAAGAAUUCGUAAAUUAUUUCUGGCUGAACUUGGAUAUUUAUUGAUGCUCAAACUGAAAUCAGUCAAGCCUUAUCAUUGAUUAGCUUUAUGAGUCCAUGGUAACAGCAGUGAAGAAGUAUAUUAGACCAAUAUAAGAACCAGUUUGAGACAGAAAAGAGCAACAGGUCCAUUGCUGGGAUAUGAACCAAGUAUCUAACACUAUAUAAUAUACACUAACAUGCCCCACUCUCUCUCAAAUUAGGCACUUAAAUCAAUUUUUUUCGUUACUAUUUUUGAAAUUUUGAGCUAAUUUUAUCUCUACAAGAUAAACUCCAUCUACCUAUAUAUAUAUAUUGGCCGUUGCCAGUACCGCCUGACUGGCUCCCGUAGGAUUUUCGAGUGAGAUCGUUGCCAGUGCCCCUGGACUGGCUUAUGCGGGUGGCACAUAAAAGACACCAUUUCGAGCGUGGCCGUUUUCGUGCGGGUGACACGUAAAAGCACCCACUACACUCUCUGAGUGGUUGGCGUUAGGAAGGGCAUCCAGCUGUAGAAACUCUGCCAAAUUAGAUUGGAGCCUGGUGUUGCCAUCCAGUUUCACCAGUCCUCAGUCAAAUCGUCCAACCCAUGCUAGCAUGGAAAGCGGACGUUAAACGAUGAUGAUGAUGAUAUCUUAUAAAUAAGGGCAAAAGAAAAAAAUUCCUAUGCCAAAUAUGGCAAGAAAUAGACUUUUAAUUGUCAAUAACCACAUAUAAUUCAUCACUAAAAGUAUGCGUCUUGAAGCAAGCUGACAGAAAUUUUUUUUAAAUUCCAUUAUUACGGAAUCGGUUGGAUUUCUGAGCUAAUUCAUAAAGAAUUCUUUUAGUGAUGAAUUAUAUGUGGUUAUUGAUAAUUUAAAGUCUAUUUCUCAGCAUAUUUGGCAUAGGAAUGAUAAAAGCUUUUUGAAAAUUUUAUCCUAAUUUAGAUGUAUAUAUAACAGAAAUAAAUACAAGCAUGUCAAAUAAGAUAAAUUCUUGAUUUAUGAAAAUUACGUCUGCCUCUCGAGUAUGCAUUAUAAUUACCAAAUGGCAAUUAAGACUAGUUCCAAAUGGGGAGGGGGAGAUAAUCUCAAAACUCAAGAUUCCUCCAAAGUCGACAGACCAUUAAAGAAGAAGAGGCUUAUUGUCUGAAGAUGGAUGCAUGUUUCUGUCUCAGUAGCUGUCAUCAAUAUGAGAAUUGCCAGACUUUAUCUCCAGCAGCCAAAGGUAUUUAUACACAAAAAGAAUAGAACAUGUUUAUAGCCUUGGUAAUUUGCAUAAUUUACGCAAAAAUGAGCUGAGAGAAAUGAAUGUCCAAUACAGCAAGGUAGCUUAUGGUGCAAUUCAAUGUUUACGACAAGGAAUGAUCCCAUGAAACAAGUUAUGAAUGAAUUAUCUAUUGAAAUGAUAAACUUCAUAAGAACCAGUUUGAGACAGAAAAGAGAAACAAUCGUCCUAACAUGUUUUUACAUUAUUUUAAUGGGGAACAUCUUAGAAUCUAAUUCAUUUAGCAGCUAUGAUUGUAGACAGUUUAAUGAAAUUUAAGAAUGACCUACAUAUAUAUAUAUAGUUUUAAUAAUUAUCUGUUAUUUUAAUUGUUACAUUCUGUUUGUGAUAUUUCAUUUGAUAAAUUAGAUACAGUAAAAGGAACUUCCAUAUUAUUCACUUGGUGCAUUUGUUUUAAUACAAUUUCCUUAGAACAGUGAACCAUCACAGCAGAUGCCACAGACAAUAUAGAUAUGGUGGAGGCGGGAUUAAAAUAUAUAUGGAAUAAUCUGUUCAUAGACUCUUUCAAGACAGGAAGAGAGAAGUAUUUGUUAGUUGUUAGCAAACAAUGUUCAAAAACAAAAUGAUUUUCUUUUCGUUCUUGCAUGUUAUGUAUGUGUGAUAUAAAGAAUAGAAGCUGAAAUAUGAUGAAAGUGAAAGACUGAUGAUUGGUGUGUCUUGAAACCGUGAAAUACACCAUUUUACUAUGAUUAUAAACAAACCUUUUCACAUUUAUGGGAGUCUGAGAACAUUUAACUAAUUUCAAAUUUGGAUGGUUUCCCUAUUCCAGCUAACAUAUCAUAUGACAUCAUAUAUAUAUAUAUAUAUAUAUAAAUAGAUAGAAAGAGAGAUAUUAGACUGUAACAAAGUGAUUUUGAGAUUAAUAAUCGUUAGGUUCAAUUCUUUAAUGAUCCAUGUUGAUAAUGAUUGAAUGAGUAUUAAAGUUAAGAUUCAUAUUGAUUAAUUAGUAAUAUUAGUGAACAUUAUUACUUAAGAUUAAUAGCAAAACAACAAUGUAUGUUCUUAGCUGCACUUUUAUCUGUUCUAAUUCUGUUCAUGAUACAACUGCCGCCACCCAUCAUCUGUUGUUCACUUUAAGCUUCUACCCAACAAUGUUGUUGAUUGUGUCGAUCCCUAUUUGCAGAGACAAAGCUGAAAUUUAAGUGAAGAUAAUAUUUAAUUGUAGAAUUCCAAUUUGUAUUAUCAUUGUUUUAAUGACCAUUUAAUCCUUCAUUCUUUAUGUGUCAACGUAUUGCUCAGUUCAGAAAGAUGAAGUUGUGGUUUUUCAUGGGGAUAGAAAUGAAAAUUACUCUAAGUUAUCUAAUCAAUUUAAUUAUAUAAGUAAUAUCUAAUUAAUUUAAUUAGAUGUGUAUUUUAGUUUUCUUGUCUUCUGCAAUGCCACAUCUUUUCCCAUUAAGUUACAAAUAUAAUACUAUGCUGCUCCUGACAGAUCUUUUAUUUUAUGGUUUUCUUCUCUAACUCAGCUAAAUGAGCACUCAAUAAAUUAUCGACAUUUUCUGUUUUGUCAAUGAUUCAGAGUUGAGAAAUUUAUAAUCCUGUAACUUUUUUAACAAUCUAGAAUAUGGUUUUAUUUCUGAAUUUUUCAAAUUUGCUGAUUUUUAUUAGCUUCUACUCAGUAGCUUGAACACACAGUUACAGCCGAUUAUGAAGAUCUAACUCCUUUAUUAAUUUAAUUGGUUAAUUAAUGAAUAACAUUUAUUGGGUGGAUAUUUCACACAUAUAUAUAUAUAAACAGUACUUUACAUUACAAACCGACUUUGACACUCAUACCAUGAAAUGUUUUAUGACUUUUUAACAAAAAAAAAAAACGGAAAAAAAACAAAAACAAAAUAAUAAUUAAAUUUUUCUGAAUACACAUUUUUUAAAAAUAUUUUUACCUUAAGUUUUCUGCUGAGUAAAAGAAAGUUGAAGGUAAAAUAUUUCAGACUAUUAAAUUUACUUAAAUCAUGAAGAUAUUGAAUGCUAGAGCUCACAAUAUCAAGAUCUUUACAAGAGAGAGCUGACCUUGCUCUACUGUUUUAUAUGCCAUGUGGUUGAAAGAAAAAAAAAAAGGGCCAUUUCUCUGCUUGUAGUAGGAUAUUUGGUAAUAAAAAAUAAAAUAAAAAAGAAGCUUUAUAAUAGAAGUUUUAUAAAUAAGGUCUUUGAAAAGACAAAUUCAUACCAGAGUCUUUGAAGAAAGGAAUAAAACUGUGAUUUAGUAUUUUGACAAAUUUGUCUCCUAGUGUGUAUCUACACACCAUUUUAAAUAUUCUUUUUAAUUUUUGAAAUCCAACAAAAUUAUUAAAAACCACAAACUCGUUGUAUGAUAAAAUCUCAACUCUAAUUUUGUUAUACUGUUUAAACUAGUGUUUUCUUUUGUACUUCACUGUGGAUAACAGUUUUUUUUUUCUUACAUUGACUCUAACCCCUCCUCAUCUUCUUUCCCCUUUUUAUAUAUAUAUAUAUAUUUCACUGUUUUAACAUUUCCCAAAGAAAUUGUUUUUGUAUGAUUCAAAAUAAAUCUGAAUUGCUAACAUUGUUAAAUAUA